AUCAUUUCAAUAUGAUAUAAUUCGCACCAUCGACAGUUAUACUAUAUGAAGUGUAACAUCAAACAUAUAUUAUUGAAAGGGUAAUAAAUUUACUAUGGUAUCGGAUAUUACGUUUAUUUUCCUAUUAUAUAUUGGCAUUGCAGGUUGUACUUACUACGAAACUGCAGAUGUAUCCAGCUGGAAUGAAACUGCGGAGAAGUGUGACCUGGCAACUCCAGAUUUAAUGUUUAAAUCAGGUGAAUACCGCGCAAACAUUAAGGACGAAGAUUGGAAUGGACAGGCGCAAGUAUGGAUCGGAUAUUUCAUGGCCGUUCAGCGAUUUGAUUAUAUCGGCUGUUUGAAAAUUGGAGGGAAAAAGCAGACUUUGUGAAGCAGUUUAACACACCAGGAAUUUGUCACUCUGCAUGUAAAAGUACGGAUGUAAUCGGAGUGCACGACAAUGAGUGUUUUUGUUUACUGAACGAGAAUUUCGUGAAUGUAACACAGCCAUACUGUGACACGAUAUGUGAGGCACAGAAAGGUGUCGUCUGUGGUGGUGAUCAACAUAUGUCUGUUUAUAAGAUUGGCAAUGAACCCGAUAUUGGUCAUGAUGAAGAAACUGAGAAGAGCUGUCUCGGACUUGAAUACCAGCAGGUUUCAAAGAUUUUUAAGUGGCAACUGUGCAGCGAGUAUCUACGGCCGCUCUGUGCAUACAUUGAUUCGGAGACAAACACUGACGACAAACAUUAUCCCUGGGAGGUGGCUUCUAAUGAGUGUUUCAAGCGACAAACCAUACCUACAUCGUAUGAAACUGCUGAGCAGUUUAAGACGGUGCUUACUGGAAUAUACUGGACAGGGACUAUUAGAAGUCAAGGCAUUUAUAGUCGUGGUAGAUUGCGUAAGACACAGGCUCACGACCUGUAUGGUUAUUUGACUAAGAACACCAAAAACAUGACCUUUGUUAUGUUUACAAAGGAGAACAAAAAGCUAAAAGGACUUUGCCAAAUAGAUGAUUCUGGACACAAAACAAGCGGAGGAUCAGUUCCCGUGGAAGAAAUUGGGAUAGGAGUAGCGAUGUCGAUACUGGUUAUAGUCAUUAUAGGUUUUGGCGUCUACAAAUGGAGAAAAAGGAAACAGCAGUCGAGAGGAAAUUUGCUACCAACUGGAGUUGGUGGUGAAGUAUCAGGAGCGAGGUAUGGCAGGUUCUAGAGAAAAUGAUGAUAGCAUAUACGGCCAAGCAUUUCUAAGACAGAAACAGAUGGAUAAAAGCUAUGGAUAUCAGCUGAAGAAAAAAUAUUAAGAGAUAACAAGUACAAACCGAUGAGAAAAAAAUAAAAUAAAAAUAUUGCUUGAUUAUGUUAACAAUAAAAAUAUAUUUUUAUUUUAAGAAAUACAUUAACACUGCAAAACGAAAAACAAUAAAAUUUGAACAAUAAAA